GAUUAACAAAAUUUUAGAAUCCAAAUUUCUAGACUAGAUGCUCACAUCCGUAACGACUCAAGACUCUCGGGUGAUCUUUCGAGUUUGUACUCCACGAUCAUGGCACCCCCUUCAUCACCAUCAUCCCUUCUUCCUUCGAAACCCCAAUACGCCAUAACCAUCGUAACCUUCUUAAUCCUCACUUGUUCCCACGUUCCAGUAGUAGAACCUCUUAAAGCACCCAUUUUUCCACACGACCUUCUUCCAUUAUUACCCCGUCAAGUUUCAUGGUCCAUUCUCACUUCCUUCCGAGCCGCCACCGAUCUUUUGCCCACCUUCGUUGGUGCCGCCUCCAUUUCCAACAAUUCUUAUAUAAAUUGGAAAGGCUCUUGCUUUUAUGAGAACUCUGCCUGGUUAGAGCUACAUAAUAAAACCGGCAGUGAAUUUGGUGGAGGCACUCUCCAUAUCAAGGUAAGUAAUGCACACAGUUGGACAUGUAUGGAUCUUUAUAUCUUUGCAACUCCAUAUCGUGUGACAUGGGACUAUUAUUUCUUAUCUCGGGAACAUAAAAUCGAGUUUCGUGAAUGGGAAGGGAAAGCCGAAUAUGAAUAUGUGAAAAAUAACGGAGUUUCCAUUUUUCUUUUGGAAGCGGGGAUGUUAGGAACCCUUGAAGCAUUGUGGGAGGUCUUCCCGUUGUUUACAAAUACUGGAUGGGGGGAAAGUGCAAAUCUUGCUUUUCUAAAGAAAAACAUGGGAGCUAAAUUUGAAGAGAGACCCGAGCCAUGGGUAACUGACAUCAACAUAGAUGACAUACAAUCAGGAGACUUUCUUGCAAUAUCCAAGAUCCGCGGGUUAUGGGGCGGGUUUGAGACUCUUGAGAAAUGGGCAUCCGGGGCUUACGCGGGUCACUCCGCCGUUUGCUUGAGGGAUUCUGAAGGAAAACUAUGGGUUGGAGAAUCUGGACAUGAAGAUGAAGAGGGUGAAAAUCUUAUUGCGAUGAUGCCAUGGGAAGAGUGGUGGGAGUUUGAGCUGACAAAAGAUAACACAAAUCCGCAUAUUGCACUGCUUCCUUUGCAUCCUGAUCUUCGGGCCAAAUUUAAUGAAACGGCUGCAUGGGAGUAUGCAAAAAGCAUGAUAGGAAAACCAUACGGUUAUCAUAAUCUGAUAUUUAGCUGGAUCGACACCAUUGAUGGAAACUAUCCACCACCAUUGGAUGCUCAUCUGGUUGCUUCUGUUAUGACCAUAUGGAACCAAGUACGACCCGAAUAUGCCGCCAAUAUAUGGAACGAAGCCUUGAACAAGCGGCUUGGUACUCAGGAUCUUGAGCUUCCGGAGAUAUUGGUAGAAGUGGAAAGGCGUGGAUCAUCUUUCGCGCAGCUAUUAACGAUUCCUGAACAGGAUGACUGGACAUAUGUGGAUGGAAAAUCAGCUUCUUGUGUUGCAUUCAUCCUUGAAAUGUACAAAGCAGCCGGACUCUUUGGUGAUCUUGCAAACUAUAUUCAAGUUACUGAAUUCACGAUAAAAGACGCUUAUACCCUCAACUUCUUUGAGAAGAAUUCGAGCCGUCUCCCAAAGUGGUGCAAUGAUGAGAAACUUGGGUAUUGUCAAAUUAAGGGGAAGUAUCGGAUGGAGCUGCCGGGAUACAAUUCUAUUGAGCCAUACCCACAUAUGGCUGAAAGCUGCCCCUCCAUGCCUCCGGAUUACUCCAGACCCAAGUAUUGUUGAACCCAUCAUUCAUCCGUCUUAACUCUUAAUCUACAACAUGUUGUGUAUAUUGAUGGAUUUCGGCAUGUUAAGUAGAAGAUUGUAUAUUUGUAGGGAUCAAAUGUAAGUAAAAUUCUGCUUCUGCUUAUCUCAUCUCUAUUUUCUAUA